AUGGGCAUCGAGGAACAAGUGACUGCCCUCACAGAAGAUCUGGAACAGCUCCGCAACCGCCUCGUCACCGAAACUGAGGAGCAUGACCAGUCCAAGGUCCUUCUCCAAGAGGAGCAGGACCGUGUCUACGCUCAAGAGGAGCAAGACCGUGUCUACGCUCAAGAGGAGCAAGAGGAGCAGGACCGUGUCUACGCUCAAGAGGAGCAAGAGGAGCAAGACCGUGUCUACGCUCAAGAAGAACCGGUCGAGAAUCUGGAGGAGAAGAUCAAUGGCCAGCUCUUCCCGGUCGAUCUUGCGGGUUCCGAAAAAGCAGGCAAGACUGGCGCAAGUGGACAGAUAGUAGAAGAGGCGAAUAAUGUGUAA